UGAUACAUAUAACAAAAUUGGAAAAUAAGUAGAUAAUGACGCUGCGAAUUCAAGCAAAGGCGCUGGUAGUAGUAGGAUACAUUUAAGACUGGGUGGACCGUCCAGCACCUUCGUGGGGGGAAUUGUGUUUUCUAAUAAACCAAUUCAUUUAUGUUUAAAUCAGUAUAUUAAUAUUAUUCCCCAACUUUUGGUCUUUGUCACAUAGUUUUAUUUUGUUUAUUUUUGCUUUAUCAAUUAAACGGCAAAUGGUGUGGCCAUAUUUUUCCAUUUAGGCGAUAAAGUCAAAAGUAAGUAAUAUAAAACUAUAUCACAUAGGUCAAAAAUUGGUGAAUAAUCAUGACAACAAUAUUAAAAUACUGCUUUAUACUGAAAUUAAUUAAUUAAUUACAAAACAUAAUUCCCCCAAUAAGGGCGCCACUGGACAGUCGACCCAGUCAAGCAUGGUAUUCUUAUUUUGAAAAUAGAAGUGUAGUUUAUAGACGUCUAAAAUGAGAAAUCAUAAAGUAACUAUUUAAUUGAAAAUAAACUAGGUAAACAAAAAUCCCUGAAGUUUGACCUUCGCACCCUAAUCGAAACAAUUGUCAUUCAUGUUAAUUACGAAGUUAAUUCAAGGAAAUUUACAUUAGGAUACAUUCCGUCAUCGACAUUAGUAUUGAAAACAUUCGUGCUUAAAACCAAACUGAAAAAGUUUGUCGAAAUAUAUUGAUCGUUCAUAUUUUGAAACGUAUAAGUCUUGAAUUCUGUGCAAAAAUGGCUGAGGUUGCAGUGAAUGAAGAUUUGAUUAGAGAAAGGAAAAAGUGUAAUUUCAAUAUCGAAGAACUGACGUAUAUCAUAGACGGAGGAAGAGAAAGGACUGAGGAUAGAAGGAGUAUAGAAAGCAUUGCAUUUAAGAAAGAACAUCUAGAAGUAGUAAAUAAAGGCCCUCCAGAGGAAUGCCUUAGCUUGAAGGAGCGAUAUGAGAAAGCGAUCGAGAAGUCCUGCCUAUUUGCAGUCUUGUUCAAGAACUUCGUCACUACUGGCGAUGUAGAUAUUGAAACUAUUGGGUCAUCCUUUCUCCGGAGAACAGCAGACGCUUACUUAAACGAGCAGUCCCCAUUCGCUGUUCACUUGGGCAUGUUUGUGACCACAAUCUUGGGUCAGGGCACGCCAGACCAGCAGGCAGAGUGGCUACCUAGUGCUUUGGACAUGCAGAUUGUUGGCACGUACGCUCAGACUGAAUUGGGCCACGGCACGUUCAUCCGAGGGCUAGAGACGACGGCGACCUACGACCCCGAGACGGAGCAGUUCGUGCUGCACACGCCCACGCUCUCUGCUCAUAAGUGGUGGCCUGGUGGAUUGGGAAAAACAGCCAACCACGCCGUUGUCAUAGCCCAGCUGUACACUAAAGGCGAGUGCCAUGGAACUCAUCCUUUCAUAGUCCAGAUUCGUGACAGGGAGACCCAUAUGCCGCUACCUGGAAUCAGGGUGGGGGAGAUUGGUCCAAGGAUGGGGUACAUUAAUGCUGACAACGGCUUCCUGGGUUUCGACCACUUUAGGAUACCCAGGGAGAAUAUGCUGAUGAAAAAUGCUCAGGUUUUGAAGGAUGGAACUUACGUAAAGAAGUCUCACAAGAAGAUGACAUACGGCACGAUGGUUUUCAUCCGUGUGAUUCUAGUCAACGAUGCAGCUUUCAACUUGGCGAAAGCAGUCACUAUAGCUGUACGCUACUCCGCUGUCAGGAGACAAUGUCAGCCUAACCCCGACGCUCCCGAACCUCAGAUCCUGGACUACAUAACGCAGCAGCACAAGCUGUUCAUUGGUAUCGCAACAGCACAUGCACUGCAGCUCACCAGCGCUUGGUUGUGGACUACCUUCGCCGCCGUGCAGGCCGAUAUGAGAGAGGGAAACGUGGAUAAUUUGCCAGAGCUCCACGCUUUAUCCAGCUGCCUUAAAGCACUCAGCACAUCAGACUCUUUAGUUCUCAUAGAGCAGUGUCGCUUUGCGUGUGGUGGCCACGGAUACAUGCUGUCCUCCCGUCUACCGACCUUGUACGGCUACGUGUCGGGAAUCCGGACCAAUGAGGGAGACUACACUAUCUUGAUGCUGCAGUGUGCAAGGUUUUUAGUAAAGGCUUUUGAACAGACGGAAGCUGGGAACACUGUGUCGCCUACCGUCUCGUACUUAUCUCAAACAGCCUCCGUGGGUAGCUGGGAUCCUUCAUUGGAAGGAAUUGUAUCAUCGUUCCAAAGACUUGCUAAGGGGAAGAUCUCUGCGGCUGUGACCAGCAUUCGAAGAAGAGUGGAGAGUGGUAUGACCUACGAAGACGCCUGGCAGCUGUCGACGGUCCAGUUAGUGGCUUCAGCCGAGGCCCACUGUCGCGCCGUCAUCUGCAGCGCCUACUGGAGUGAGACACAACGCCUCACUGCAUCGUCGUCGGCAAACGUCAGAGCCGUAAUGCAACAGCUGGCUUCUCUCUACAUAACUUACUGGGCUUUGGAGAGGACUGGAGAUUUGUUGAGGUAUUGCAGCAUCAGCGAAGAUGACAUCGUAAGCCUGCAACAGCGGUAUGAAGAGUUAUUAGCGCUCAUCAGACCAAAUGCUGUUGGACUAGUCGACGCCUUUGAUAUCAGAGAUGAGAUCCUGCAAUCAACCCUAGGCGCGUACGACGGCCGCGUGUACGAGCGGCUGAUGGCGGAAGCCCAGAAGACUCCGCUCAACGCCGAGCCUGUGAACAAGAGCUUCCAUACGCACUUCAAGCCCUUCAUGCAGGGGAAACUGUGAAAUUGUAACUGUGAACGAAUUGUGACGUCAUUAAAGUUUUGGUAGUGAAAGUUA